AUGAAUCAGGUAUAUUCUUUGAAUUUAAUCCAACACUAUACUCAUUUGGUUGCUCCUGCACGUAAGAAACUAAAACUUUUUGAUAAAUCUAACAGAGAAGUUGAUAUGAAAUUGAAAAAAAGAGUUUAUGUAGUAAAGAUUUUUUUCAAUUUUUCAGAAAUCAGUGAUUCUGCAUUCACAGAAAGUUUUUUAGAACAAUGUUCUAGCAAGAGUUUUGAGAAACAAGAAUUUUGUCCUUCUACAUCAAAUAAGAAACAAUUAGAACAAUGUUCCAGCAAAAAUUCUACUUGUAAAAAAGAUCUUUUAAAACAAUCCUUUAGCAAAAGUUUUAGAGAAGAACUUCCUAUUCCUUUAAGUACUGAAGAUUCCAAUGAGAGUUACGGAAAAAAAACAAGUGUUCUUAUUGACACCGAUUGUCAGUUAAAACAAAAUUCCACUGAAAGUCUUUACAAUUUGUAUGCAAAUAUUGAUGGCGUAAACCCUGUAACUAGAUCUGAGAGACAACAACUCUACAGUGAAAUUAAUAAUCUUUACCUAGAAAGGGAUUUAUUAAUGUCAAAGUUUAUGUACUUCAAAUUUAAUACACAAUUUUUCAGUCAAUAUAAAAAGCAUUGCACAAUAAAAUGUCUUAUAUCAAGUACACCUCUUGGAGCUAUCCAUUUUAUUUCUAAUUGCUACGAAGGUAUUUCAGAUAAUCAAACUGUACGUAAAUCAGAAUUUGCAUCUAGCAAGUACCAUAUGCCAGGUGAUCAAAUUUGAGCAGAUAGAGGUUUUACAUUGCAAGAUGAUUUUGCUGCUGGAAGCUGCUCUUUAUUGAUAAAUCCAGCUUUUACGAAAGGUAAAGCUCAACUUUCUGCUUCAGAUAUAGAAAAAUCUCGUAAUAUAUCAUCGGUAAUAAUACAUAUUGAAAGAGUUAUUGGACUAUUAAAAAAUCACUAUACAAUUCUUCAAGGUGCUAUGCCGCAGCGUACAAUUAAAAACAUUUCUGACAAAGCUACGUCACUUACUUUUUCUGUGACAAAAUAGUAACCGAAUGCGCUGCUCUAACAAACCUUGGGGAAAGUAUUGUUUACGAUAAAACACUUUUUAUCUUAGUUAUUUUUAAACAGCUAUUUUCAUAGCCAAAUCAUAUUGAAGUAUUAUUUGGCAUAGAUAAUUCUUUACAAGUGAUAGGUGAUUUUAUUAUUAGUAACAAAAAAUACAGUCUGUAGUCUUU